AUGUUGUUUAAUUGGCAAGUAGAAAAUACGUGUGUUGUAUUUCGUUGGUGGCAUAUCUCAGGUCCAUUUACUAUGUUCUUAUCUUGUCUUGCCAUCUUUUUGAUUGGGGCUGCUUAUGAAUGGAUGCGCGUCUAUUCAAUCAGAUUAGAUCAACAAUGGAAAGAGGCAGAAUAUCUUUUACAUCGUAAUACACAAGAAAGAGAAGAAGAAGAAGUAGCAGUAGGUGAACAAAGAUCCCUUGUUCAUGCUUAUCAACAACACAACAAGUUAUCCAGUAAAAGACGAUUUAUUCAAUCAAGCAUAUAUGCUCUCUUGGUAGCUAUCAGUUUCUGGCUUAUGUUGGUGUUUAUGACAUACAAUGGCUAUUUAAUGAUAGCAACUGUGUUAGGAGCAGGUUUUGGACAUUUUGUGUUUGGACAAGGUAGACUUACGGGUGAUAAAUCAAUUCAAUGUCACUAG